AUCAAGUUGAUCCAAAAUCAUGGUUUGGAACAAGUUGAGCCUUGUCUUGGGCUUUGCUCUCAUUGGCCUUACUUUGGGAAUGAGUAUCCGUGAAGCUAUCCUUAAGGCCGAUGAGGAACUUGCAGCAGAGAGACGGUUUAUGAAAUCUCUGCCCAAACCUGCCAAUCGCAAGGGAAAAAAGUGGACACGAGAAUCUAAGGCAAUGGAUGGCUGGAAUCGUUUGGUGAAGCGCAGUGCCGACAUCAUUGAUACCCACAAGUUCUACCCUGAAGAGAUGCUGAUCGCCCAGAUUGAAGGCACAAUGCAUGAUAUGUACAACCUUGGUGGCGUUCCCGGUGGCAUGGCCGAAUCGUGUCCUCAUCUACCUAUGGCCAAUUUUGCUUGCUCGGACGAGGCAGAGAACAUGGAAUGUGAUCCCAAUGCCCAUUACCGAACCGUCACCGGCAUCUGCAACAACUUGGAGCAUCCAACCUUUGGUGCUGCUAGUACCAAGCUCAAGCGCUUGCUUCCUCCGGCCUACGCAGAUCUAAAAGGACAGCCCCGAGGCACUCGUUUCUCAUCCCUGGCCAAUAACUUUGAUUUGAACUUCCCUUUUCAAUCCGGAGACUGCGCCUCCAAUCCUGCAGCCGUUCUUCCCAACCCAAGAUUCGUCAGCACCAAUUUUCAUCCAGAUGCGGACAAGCCAACCAAUCAGCUUACUCACAUGUUCACGCAACUUGCCCAAUUUGUUGAUCACGACAUCUCGAUAUCGCCCGAGAUUGAGGCUGAAAGGUGUUGUGAGCAUUUCACCGACGAUGAAUGCUUUCCCAUUUUUGUACCCUCCACAGACACAUUUUUUGGAGUUGCUGUCAAUCGCGACGAUCUUCCGUCUGCCAGAAGUCCACGUUUCCCGAUGGAACGAAUGGACCAAUCCCUGAUGGCUGAGGAAGCUUGGAGAAACCUUGUCCAAAAUGCCACCAAGAUGAGGAGUGGCAGCAGCGAGACCGGCAACUUUCAAGGUCCCACGACAAACGGCGAGGUUACGUGUUUAGAAUUCACGAGAUCCACUGCUUUCUGCGAAGCAGUCCACACAGGUCCACGGGAACAAAUGAACGCCAUAACAGCCUUCCUGGACGCAUCCACUGUUUAUGGAUCCUCCACGGAAUUGGCCUCUCUUCUAAGAGACGAUUGUGAUGGUUUGAUGAAAGUCACCAAGACUGCAACUGGGAAAGAGCUACUCCCCGAGCUCCAAUUUGAUGGAGAGGUUCAAUUCUUAGCCGGGGACAGUCGGGCAACCGAAAUGGGUGCUUUGGCGGGAAUGCACACCGUUCUUUUGAGAGAGCACAACCGCAUCGCCCGAGGAAUGAAGGCCUUGCGGCCCGAUUGGGAUGACGAGACCUUGUUCCAAAAAACACGACGCAUUGUCAUCGGCGAAUGGCAAAACAUCGUCUUUGGAGAGUUCCUCAGUGCCAUGCUUGGCGAAUCCGUGGUUCACGACCACGAUCUUGGAACAGAUGGCAAUGCAGCUUAUGAUCAGACUGUGGAUGCCACCGUGGCAAAUGGUUUCUCAACAGGUGCAUUCCGAUUCGGCCACAGCAUGAUUGAAGGCCUCAUUGCCGUCUACUCCCUGGCCAAUCCUCCUACUGAAGUGGACACCCUCAUGGUCAAAGAUACGUUCUUCGAUCUCACACAAUACCAUAAAGACAAUGGAUUGGGCAUGGAGCGGCUUUUGAAUGGCUUGUUGAACCAAGACGCUCAAGCAUUUGACCGUUUUGUGGCGGAUGACGUCACCAACUUUCUCUUUCAAAACAACAACGGCGGAAUUGGACAGGAUCUGAUCGCCAGAAACAUUCAGCGUGGCAGGGAUCAUGGAAUACCUGGUUAUAACGAUUGGCGCGAAUUCUGCAACAUGCCCAGUGCUUGCUCAUGGGACAACCCACCGGCCGAGAUAUCGCAAGAGAAUUGGGAGCAACUCAAAAACAUAUAUGUCAAUCCCAGCGAUAUUGAUCUCUUUGCUGGAGGCAUGGCUGAAAGGGCAUUUGCCGAUGGCAUUCUGGGCAGGACCUUCAGCUGCAUAAUAUCAAAUCAGUUCCAACGAUUGAAGUUUGGGGACCGCUUCUUCUUUACCAAUACGGCCAAUCCCUUCCCAUUCAGCCAAACUGAAAAGGACAUCCUCCGCAAGAGACACUUGGCUGAUGUCAUUUGCGACAAUACGGAUAUUGAAGUCUUACCUAAAAUGGCCCUGAAACGGAAUUCUCCCGCUCUAAAAUGUAGAGAUGCGUUUCAAUUGGACCUGGCUCCAUUUGUACACUGAAUUAUCAGACCAACAAAUGAAAACACUGAUGACCAUCCGCCCCCGAAAAUGACAAUUUGGGAAACUAUGUCGUCGAGGAGCUAAUCUUAACUAACUAUCAUUGCAAAAUUGAAUCUAUUACAUGUUUAUGUGUGAAUAAAGCAUGAAAAGAGA